AUAAAAUUACUUUAAAUUUCACCAAAUUUUCACACAAUUCAAUAUUUUCCCCUGUUUUCAUAACUAAAAUUUUCAAUGGAUUGUGUUUGUUCAUACUCCAAAAUUUCACUGCCUCAAUUUCGACGAUUUUCUUCGUUCAAUUUACAGAGUAGUACUCUGUUUAAGAAAAAUCCAUUGCCAUUAAUGGUUAUUUGUAGAAAUAAUCAUAAUAAUAACGAUGAAAAAUGCAUGUUUAACGGAUUAACAGCUCCAUUAGUGCCAACGACAGAAACAGGGAGAUUGUUGAGUGUGUUUAUGCAGAAUGACAAAGCAUUGUUUAACGGAUUUGUGGAUAAAGAAUUAGAGAGAUUGGAUUGUAUGAAGAAUGAUGCAUUACUUAGAAGCGUUUUUAGCGUAGGCACUGAUGAAGCUAUUCUUCAUAGGAGAAUUUCUGAGAAGAUAAAGUUGGAGUGUCGUAACACUGUAGAGGAUAUUAUGUACAUGUUCAUAGUCAACAAGUUCUCUCAGAUAGGAGUGCAUAUGGUUCCUAAGCUCUCCAAUUGUAUAUGCAAUGGAAGGCUCGAGAUAUUUCCCCGUAGGGACUAUGAACUCAAGUCUAUUCAUAGUGUUGAAGUACUCGAAAUGGUCAAGGAAAUAGGAUGGGAAGACAUGAGCAAGUCGAAUGUGAAAGAUAGUUGGGGUCUAACUCAAGUCCAAAAGGAUCAAAUCCGUCAUGUCUAUGGUGCUUCAAUUUUGUAUGGAUACUUCUUCAAGUCAACCUCGUUAAGGUACCAUUUGGAACAGAGUUUUGUUAAAACUUAUAGCAACAUCUCAUUUCCGAGGUCAUGGCUUUUAAAACAAAAAGGUGUUCCCUUAAGUGACACAGAAUCAACAUCAGUUGAUCCAGUGUCACUUAACGAGGGGAAGAAGUAUGACAAUUUUAGGUCUUAUGUUACAAAUCUUGACGAUGAAAUAAUGAUAAUGUGUUCAAAACCAAAAUUCAAAGAGGCAAAGAGUCUGAUUGAGAAGCAUUGUUCUGCACUUUUUGGCAAUGAGAGUAGUGAGGAAGUCUCAACCUCGUUCGCGAGUCUGAAGAGGUUUGUGUUGGAGGCGCUUGCAUUUGGUACUUUCCUUUGGGACGCAGAAGAUCACGUUAGGAAAUUUUAUCAACUCGAAGAGUUUUGAUAUCAUUUACAUUUGACAUAACGAGGAAGUUCACACUCCACUAGUUUCACCAUGUAAUACAUUGUGCUUCUGUGUCCCGUUAAUCUAACGGGACACAGAAACAAAGAGCUUCUAGGUUAUAGUAUGUAUAUAGUAGUUGUCAAAAGUUUACUGCAGUUUUCUUGAUGUAUAAAAGAAUUUUGCUAUUA